AUGGAAUCUAAGACAGAGCGAGAACGGUCCAAGCAAUUGUUUCUUGCUUCAAUAAACCAGAAAUUGAAAUCACUCAACCCAGGAGAUGCACGUUCUCUAAGACGAACAGUACAUUCACUCACCAAUUUUGGAAAUGAGUUCAAAAAUUACCGUACUGUAAAGCUCAACAAGAUUCCAAAUACUGUUAUUAUUGGUUUCUGUCGUGUUUUACAGACUAUUGGAUACUCCGUUUACCUGCCACGAGAAGCUGACAGAUACAAUGAAAUCGCAAUCAUGUGUAUCCAAGAGACAUGGGGACUUGGCCUUAGUGAGAUAUUCAACAGUACCGUUUUUACUAAAAUAGCGUUUCAUCCAGGGCAAAGCAUCUACAAUGCAGAUCAAGUAGCCAAAUCUUAUCAUGAAGCCCUCAAUCUUCUUCUUAAUGGUGUCAAUUUUAAUGAUAUCAUUGAUUACCUUCAUACUAACGAAAAUUCUCCAAUCACUUAUGCUGCUGUAUGCAAGAAAGAUGAUCUUGCCGUGAUUGUUACUUAUUCCAAGUUUGCAAGUGCCCACAAGGUUCUUUCAACUAUUGUCAAGCAUCAUGACCAAAUUAUUUAUGUUGAUUCUCGCAUAAAUAAGCUGAAACCAAGUAAUGAUAACUUUAAUGGUUCUGAUAAGUCUUCUGAAGAAACAUUAAGUGAUUCCUCGGUUUCCUCUCCAAAGUAUGUCCAGCCACCUCCAUUACCUUCAAUCCUUUCUAUCUGUCCUGAUUAUAUCAACAGAAGAUGGAGUAAUGAUUUACCAUUAGUGUUACCACAAUUGAACAUCUAA